AUGGCUGGUCUCGUAGAAAGAAAAUUUGUUACAGAAUCUAUCCAGUGGUGCAGCAGAUCCCGUUCUACUGCAAGGCGAAUCCCCUUUAAAGCCUUUUUAUCACAGAUUCCUAUCCGACAUCCUUAUCCCGAGCGUCACGAUGUUGUGGCCUGCUUCUCGCCCCUCUUUCUGAACGAGCGAUGGCAACUGCUUCUUCUGACGGCUGAGGUCCACAACCACUACGGAGCAGCCAUGCACUUCUACGUCCGUUCAAUGAUCACGGAUCUGUUCUUGAUUAUGAGUCGAUAUCCAAAUGCGAGGGUUCAACCUUGGCCAGCCGUGCGACUCGGCUCGAAAAGAGCCAAUUCAAAUGAUUUUGAUCCGAAUAUUGAGCUAGAGUUUAGAAAUCAAGCAGCAGCUAUGACCGACUGUCUGCUUCUAUAUAAGGAGUCUGCUAAGUACAUCAUCUUUCCCGACACCGAUGAUGUCAUCAUUCCUCGCCUUGGACGGACAUACCUCGAGGAAUUCGACCGGGUACAGUGCCUUACGUAUCCGAUGUGCUUUUUCGAGAAGGAACAAAAAAUCUCUCCCAUUUACUGA